AUAAAAAAAAAUGUUUAAAGGCGGUUUUUCAAGAUUAGAAAAAGGAUGUGGAAUAGGAGAAGAACUCGAUGGAUCUAUCGUUUCAUACACUCUAAAAAUUAUCGAACGAAGCAAAUCGAUUUAUUUCUUUAGAAAUAUCUUAGGAAUGAGAGUGAUAUGCCACCGGGAAUACGAACAAGGAAACAAUUUAAGAAACGACUUAAACAUAAACCACGACAGUUGUUGGAGUAGUACAAUACUUUCUUAUGGAAAAGAACAUAACUAUUUAAAUUUGGAAUUAAUUUAUAUUUACAACAAAAAAUCUUAUUUAACGGGAAAUAUAUUUAAAGGAAUGACAAUAAGAUGUAGUAGAUGUUUAAAACGUGCCAAGACCUUAGGAUGGCCGGUUCUUCCGGGAAAUAUCCUACAAUCACCGGGAGGUUACUUAUUUUACAUCCUCGACGAACCCCAACCGAUUCGAACGGAUCCUAUUGUUAAAAUUAGUCUUGCAGUAGCCGAUUUGAAGGCUUCGAAAGCGUUUUAUAACGGUUUAAUUGGAUUCCGAUUUUGUGAGAAUUAUUAUCAAGCUUCUAAUCCAAACAUAGCUAUUCUUGGAUUACAACAAUUUGAUGCAAAAUUAGAACUAACACAAAACGAAGGUGCCAUCAAAGGUGAAAACACCGGUAUUUUAGGUGUUGGAGCUGAGUACAACGAACAAAUAGCUCUCGAAGAAAGAUUUAUCAACAAAAAAAAGGAAAAUAUAAUUAUCCCAUUAAUUCCAAUGGACACUCCCGAUAAAUCCACCAUGGCAAUUUUUAAAGUAAAAGAUCCCGACGGGCAUGAAAUUAUCUUUUACGAAUUCACCCCCUAUCAAAAUGUCUUUCAAUACUCACCCGAAGACGAAAGUCGCAUGGUUAAACUAUUCGAAGAUGACGAAAUUCCCGAGGACAAUAAAAACUGGGAUUCUAAGAAAUCCUUUGGAAAAAAAACGUCUAAAUCUCGAUUAAGCAAAGAGGUUUCUUGUGAAGCGAUUAAAUUAAAAAUAAAAGAAAUCACCAGGUCUUUAGGAUCGAUGCGCCCACAUAAAUCGAAAGAUUCACAGGAAAAUUUAGAGGACGAUGAACCAGAAGCAGGGGGAAGUUCAAAAGUGGAAAAAUGUCCAACGACUGUUUUAAAAGGAAUCUCGAGAAGUCUUGGUUCCAUUAAAGAUUUUGGGCGAUUAUUAAAAAGUCGAUCAGAUAUGAUUUGUUGUAAAGACUGUAAAGAUAAACAAGAAAAACUCUCGAUUAACAAAGAUGAAGCAAAUCACUUAGGUGAUAAAACAAUAAGUAGAUCAGAACAAAUUUACCAAGAAGAUGAAUCGAAUGCCCAAGAUUCAGUGGCUACUCAAGAGCCGGUCGCAAUCGAAGUUCAAGCAUCCGCUAAAAAAGAAUUGAAAAUGAAUAGGGGUGUAUCAAACGAAGCAAAUAAAUCGGCUCAAUACACUGGAUUAAGAAUUAAAACAACAUCCAGAGGGACAAAUUCGGAACAAAGAUUAGUUGACUCAACAACUGAAGAUGACUUAAAUCAAAAAAGUUUUAAAUCUACUUUUACUUGCGCAAAUAAUCCGUUUAAGGAAGAUGUUAAAUGUGUGAACAUUAAAUGCGAUGAUACAAAAAACAUUGUUAAGGAUAGUAUUAAAAAUCUUUUACGAAAAACUUCUUCGUUGAUUCGACGAUCCAAUAACGAGCAAUGCAGAAAAUCUGAAGACUUGAUGGUUGAUGGCCAUUUAUAUUUUAAUGCUAACUUCGAUAUUAUUCCACCCUAUAAAAUUCCUAGUUUUGUAAAAUCAGAAACUUCCAAAACAAGUGCAGCUGAACAAUCAGAAAAUCAAGAAGUGGAAAAAGAAAAUUAAUAAUAUGAAUAUUGGUGAACCAGCCAAAUUAGCAGAAAAUAAACAAAUACGAGAUUCGUUUAGAAAAACACAAAUAUCCCAACAAAACUAUUUGAAGAA